AUGGAGAGAGGGGAGAGUCUCACUGCGGAGGGAGAGAUACACGGGAGGCAAGGGCAGGCGGAGACUCCGAGGAAAGACGGACAGACGGAAAGCUGUGGGACUAGCAGCCGGGGUGUGGGAGGAGUGGGGCCGGGAUGAGGUAGGCAGUGGACACUGGAGACAUGGGCUUCUACACACCAAAGGCAAAGCCUGAGCUCAGGGGGAACACAUGAAGUGUCAGUGAAACGGACGGGUGUGUUGGGCUCAGCCAUGCCGGGGCUCCCAGCACUGCUCUUGCUCACCUGCUCCCUGGAACUUUUGGGGGCAGCCCCUGCUCUGAACUCCAGACCCUCUCUGGUGAAUGGGGAGACUGAGCAGCCUACUGCAUUAAGGGAGAUUGCAGCUUCCAAGCAAGUGACACAUCAUUGGAGAAACAUUGCCCCAAAUCAGUCUUCCAGAUACAAGAGGUCCACCCUAGGAGUCAAAGGUGAAUCCUUUCCUUUGCAGAGCACUUUCCCUACAAGAGAAGAGUCAUCACUAAUCAUGGAUUUGCAUGGCUUAGCAGAAGCCAACCUAAGCUUGGAAAACCCAAACAUUCAGGUCACUAUUGAGGUGGACCCAGACUCUCAAACAGAAUUUGAGCUGGAUCUUUCAGAUUCACGCACGGAUUGGUCUGAUUCAGACUGGGUGUCUCAGCAUGAACUUUUUUGGCCUCUGUUCUGGGAAUACAGUGACCUCUCACAGGAGGAGGGAUUGACCACUGGUACACCUGCUCCGGAAAUGGAAGAGUACUCAUCACAGUAUGACUGGGAGGACAAUGUCCUGAGUGGAGUAGAAGGAGACCGUAAAUCUCUUCGUCAAACUGACAAAACAAGGGACUCUGAAGAAAAGUAUCAAUAUGAUUAUGAGGAAGAUGAUUGGAGUGCAUGGACUCCCUGCAGUGCCACCUGUGGCACUGCUCAUCAGAAACGGAUACGUUCCUGCGGCUAUUCUUGCUCUGCCACUGAGUCCAGAAUCUGUGAACAACCCCCUUGUGCAGGAGAUGAACAAAUUACAGAGAAUACCACUAAAGGCUGGGAAACUCCAACAGAAAGUGGGACCCCUGUGCCAGAAUCAGGACAAAUAGACAGCUGUGAUCGGUGGCUGAAUUGCAAAAGUGAAUUCCUAAGCAGUUAUUUGCACAGAGUCCUCACAGAGUUGCCUAGUUGCCCCUGUUCAUAUCCCACUGAAGCCGUUUACAGCUCUUUGACUCUUCGAGAUGAAACUUUGGCGCGUAGCUUUAGAUGGAGGGAUGCAAGUGGAGGACGGGAGAGACUGGAUAUUUAUACCCCUGGGGCACGAUUCUGCCUGCGAUCCCUGCUGUCUCGGGAAAGCAGCAGCCUAGGAGCUCAGCACUGCUGCUAUGACCAAUCGCUGAGACUAAUGACACGUGGCCGAGCAGCAGGGAUCCCCAAUCUUAUCAGUGCAGACUUUUCCCCUGAGCUGCACUACAAGGCAGAUGUACUGCCAUGGAUCUUAUGCAAAGGUGACUGGAGCCGAAUACAUGCCAUCCGACCUCCAAAUAAUGGGCGAGGCUGUCCAGAGAAUCCCUCUGAGGGGGAGUAUCUGUUGCAACUGCAGGAAGCCCGUGAAUAUUAGCUAUAAUGUUAUAAUUCUGCCACUGUUCUUUUACCCUGCCCUGCUUAAGUGGAUGUUAAUCUAUUGCCACCAAAGAGUUGUAAUAUAUUGGAAAGCAUUUUUGUUUGCCAGAAGAUCAUCAGUUUACUACUGUAAUUAUUAUCCUUUAUUUAUAUAGAGCCAAUAUGUUAUGCAGAGCUUUAUAGAGAUUAUUCAUCAUUUACAUCUUAGUGGAGCUUAUAACAUAGGUUCACACACACUUUGGUCUAUUUUAUCAGGGGUCAAUUAAACUGGCUGUAUGUUUUUUGGAGAGUGGGAGUAAUCCCAUUGCAGACACAAGGAAAACAUAUAAGCACCUUGCAGAUAGUGACCUUGUCAUAGUCCAAGUCAGGACCCUAGUGCUGCAGGGCAGCAGUGCUAACCACUAUGGCACCAUACCGCUCUGUGUAGAGCCUUUUUAAGUGUUGUUGAUGUACCAAAUGGUUUGUAUAUGUGUCAAUUGUUUAUGUGCAGAAUGUGUUUAUAAAUAUUUGCACACAUAUAAAACGCAUGGUGUUUUGGAUCUCAAAGAUGCAGUAGGAGUGGAAAGUGAUUGGGUGAGGACUGAUUUCUGCGUGCUUGUGUAUGUGAAAUGGUUUCUGUUAGUUCACACUGCUGCUAAAGUUGCUGUCAUUUUUAUCAUUCCACAGUUUUCACUGAUAUGAGUAACUAGUUAUUAAUGAUUCUGCAAAUGACUUCUACAGUAUAUUUUUCCACCACUGUACUUAAAUUAAAAUAUUUUGGUUAAAUCA